AUGAUCUCCUUCGUUCCCUCAUUGAGGAGGAUAGGGUACAGCACGGAGAUCAAUCGAUCCAGAGUGGACGUGUACGACGGUAUGGUGAAGCGUUAUUACUAUUGGGGCGAAGAUGGCGCCACUGGGAACGACGGAACUGUCUACAUGGCGUACCCUAAAUGGACUGAGAAGGAGGGUCAUACGGUCUAUUGCUCGAAGACUGACAUGUACGAAGAAGCGCCGUUAGACGCUUUUCCGACGGAAGAGGAAUACGUUUAUGCAGGUAAAACGUACCAUGAGGGUCAGAAGGUAGACGUAUGGAAGUUCACAAGAGAUGAUGAAGACACACGGACAGAGCUCGUUCUGUAUAGCCACAGGACGGAGCGAGGUGAAGAUGUACCAAUACAAAUAGAAAAGAAAGAGUUUAAUACGAUGUUGGGAUCGUUUGAGAAACACGUUAUAUUUAACUACGACCAGUUCAAUCCUCUGUUCUGCGAGGAAGAUGUUGACGCCGAGAAAGAGGGAUCGUGUGAAUGGACCCCUGAUGACUUUGAUGGACACAUGAAAAUGUUACAUCCUGCAUUCCAUAACGAUCUUGAUGUAGCGUUCAACAGCUUUAAAAAACACCACGGCAGAAAUUAUCAGAGCAAGAAAGAACAUGAUAUGAGAAGAGAUAUUUUUCACAAAAAUUGGAAAUUCGUCGUAGACCACAACCGACAGAACCUCGGCUUCAAGCUGGCCCUGAACCACCUCUCGGACCUCACGCCAGCAGAAAAGGCCCACAUGAGCGGCGGGAGACGAUCCCCACACCCGUCUGCUACUGUCCCCUUCCCUCACACCGAGAGACAAGUUGGGGAGAUCGUGACAGAGAUACCGGAGGAAUAUGAUAUGCGGCUGGAAGGGAUCAUAUCACCUAUUAAGAACCAGGAUAAAUGUGGAUCCUGUUGGACCUUCGCGACGGCGGCGGCGGUGGAAGGGGCCCUGGCGAGACUAGACGGACGUCUUCUGGACCUCAGCGAGCAGUCCAUCAUUGACUGCACUUGGGGGUGAGUUGGCCUAGGAUGCAGUGGCGGGUUCCCCAAGGAAGCUCUGAAGCACAUAAUGAAACACGGCAUCCCUCUGGAGGAGGACUAUGGCGGUUAUUUGAACGAGAACGGGUACUGUCACCUCGAGAACGUGACUGAAGUGUUCAAGAUCCGCGGCUUCGCGAUGGUGACGCCACUGAGCGUGAGCGCCAUGAGAGUGGCGUUGUACAAGUAUGGCCCAGUCGUCGUCACCAUUCAGAACAACGACGCGUUCAACUUCUACCGGAGCGGCGUGUUCUACGACCCCACCUGUGUGAGUGACUACGUCAGUCACGCCAUCACCAUUGUGGGCUACGGCAGCCGAGAUGGGGCCGACUACUGGAUCGUGAAGAACUCCUUCGGCCAGCGGUGGGGGGAGGACGGCUAUAUGUUGCUCUCCUCUGCCAACAACAACUGCUUCGUGCUCAAUGAACCGUACUAUCCUGUAGUUUAA